GUUUUUGUUUACAUUUUGCCGGCAUAGAGGUUUUAAUUCCUAAAGGAUCCUUAACUUAUUAUAACUCCAGAAAUUAAGAAACAAUUCACAAUGGAUGCCGAGAUGGGCGACUCUAUAACCCAUGAUUUGAGCGAAGUGGAUCUGAAAUCCUGGAGAUCUGUUAAGGAAAGUUUGGACAGUUUUUUGGUGAUAAUCCCCACUGUGCUGGGAUUCAUCCUUUCCCGCCUUCUUUGUGGCCACCUGCCGCUGCUAUCCACGAGGAGAUUCCUGCUGGAGUUCCUUUUAAUUGGACUACCCACCGUGAUUUUGGUCACCGUGGGCAGUGCCUAUAGCUAUACCUAUUCCCUGGUGGUUUCGUUGGCUGUUGUGGGCUAUAUCUAUGCAAAUAUCCCACCCAAUACGCCGAACUUUAAAUAUGAGGUCGGCAAACGACCCAUAGUCUUCACCCUGCUUAGGGCCACGGCCUACAGUGGAACCUGUGCCGCCAUUCUGGCCGUGGACUUCCCAUCAUAUCCAUUUGAUUACCGAAAAAGCAGAACCUUCGGAGCCUCAACGAUGGACAUGGGCAUUGGAUUGUUUGUGGUGACCAUGGGAUUGGUUUCACAUCGAACGAGGACCAUGGCUGACCUAAAGAAACUGAAGAGAUCGGUUCUUCCAUUACUAGUUUUGGGAUUGGCACGCACCAUUGUCAUCGCGGCGAUCGAUUAUCAUCAGGAUGAGACGGAAUAUGGCAAGCACUUGAAUGCCUUCUUUAUCCUGGGCUUCACCAAACUGAUAGGCAGCUUCUAUAGUCUACUAGUGAAGUCGGAUGAACAGCUCCUGGGACUUUCAUUGGGGCUGCUUUUUCUUCACGAACUGGUGCUCCAGUUGGGUCUCUCCGAAUUUGUGAUGUCUUCUGCACUUCACGAAGGAUUUUUCAGUGCCAAUCGGGAGGGUUUGAGUUCCCUACACGGCUGCGUGGCCCUCUAUCUGCUCAGCAUUUACUUUGCCAAGUGGUAUACCUCCCAGGAUCACCUUAGUUAUCCAGACCUAAUAAUCAAGUUAAGGAAAAUAGUUUUGUUGGCCAUCCUCUGCUGGCUGCUGACUUUCAUAAGUGCCUAUUUAACAGGCAUUGCACGUAUUACUUUUAGUUUUGGCUAUGUGAUUUGGAUUUUCGCUGUGUGCCUAAGCCUCGUUGUGAUUUUUGCUUUUUUCUUUGAACUUAAACUUGUUAAAUCAGAUUUUAUUAAUAAGAAAUCAUCUGGAGAUGAUAAGGAAAGGGUUAUAUCUUUACCCACUUUUGUGGAGAGCCUCAACACGAAUGGACUGACCCACUUUAUGCUCUCCAACUUCCUCACAGGCAUGGUCAACAUGUCUCUGGACCCCGGCCAUCGAAAUGAUUUCGAAUCCGUUGUCAUACUCUCCUUGUACAUAUUUGUUUGUUCUGGAGCAGUCUUUAUUCUGCUGAGAAAAAGCAUACGAAUAGCUUAGAGAACAGAUCUUAUAAAUAAAAAUGUGUGAUAAAUGAUUGCAAUAGA